UCCGAAGAAGAUUUUCUUGAAAGAAGGAGAGAAGUGGAGAGGCUGCUGAAGAAGAAUGCGGAUUGGAUCUGGGAUUGGUCCAGCAGGCCGGAGAACAUCCCGCCCAAGGAAUUCCUUUUCAAACAUCCCCGGCGCACAGCUACCCUCAGCAUGAGGAAUACAAGUGUGAUGAAGAAAGGGGGGAUAUUCUCAGCAGAGUUUCUGAAGGUUUUUCUUCCAUCUCUGCUUCUUUCUCAUUUGCUUGCCAUUGGACUGGGGAUUUACAUCGGGAGACGCCUGACGACCACAGCUUCGAGCUGCACCUUUUAA